AUGGCGGCGCGGAAUUCCAGCGUGCCCCAUCUGCUGCAGCAGAUGGAGGAUAUUGAUCUGGACAAACGACUCAUGGCGGCGUCUGACUUGGCGGAAGCUAUGAUUAACAAUCCUCAGGGUAUUGGCGCUGCUUGGGAAGGCCGCGCUGCAACUGCUUUCUUGCAGCAGCUGGAAGACAAUUCAAUAGACGUGCAGGCCAACGCGGUUCGGUGUUUGCGGAGCCUCUUGAGCAGUUUCUCUCCAGGAUGUUUAAAUUCCAUUUUUUUAUUUUUGGGAAAUAAAGUAAAAGACUCUUCUUCAAGUUUUCGCCACAUUCACUCCACUUGCCUUCGCAGCUUGAUGUUGGAGCUGCCUCCUUCGAUUUCGUCUCCCGUUGUCUCCGUGCUGAUGACCCCGCUGGUCGAGGGAAUCCGCAGCUCCAACGAAUUUGUCCGCCAUGAUAGUUUGGACAUCUUGGGGGACAUUUUGAGCAGCAAAGAAGCAGCAGCAGAAGAUGCAGCAGCAGUAGCAGCAGCAGCAACAGCAGCAGUAGCAGCAGCAGACAAGGAGCUGUUUCUAAACCUCCGGCAGCUCCUCAGCACCAGACCUAUAACAGCAAGAAAAGCAGCAAGAUGCAUCGGCGGUCUCGCUGCCACCCUUCCUGCGGAUGAGCUCUCUGCCCUCGUCUGCGAGUUGAUGAAUUGCUGCUGCUUAGCAGUGGGCCCUUUGGAAGCGCUGGCUGAGGUAACGCGGCACUGCAGCAGCAGCAGCAGCAGCAGCAGCGGCAGCAGCAGCAGCAGCAGCAGCGAUGGCGGCAGCAGGUCCUUCCCCGCCCUGCUGCCUUCCAUUUGCUUAUUUCUAUACCGAGCAAUUGCUGCCAUUCUAAAGGCUGAAGAAAGUGCUGCAG